CGACAUACAGGCCGUCCGCCAAGUUGGCUGAAAUCAUCGCUCGUCGCCUCCUUCGAUGCGUAGCCGAGCAGCACGUUCGUCUGAAUGUCGUCACCUCGCACAUCCUCGUCGGAUGAAUCUGAGUCGUAGUCUGCCAUGAUUGCGCCUGAUAUUAUCGAACAGCCUGGACGUGGGUGUCCUUGGACCAGAAAUCCGAUGCAGGGAAAAAUGGACGGAUAGAGUUUUGGCAAGUCAAGUCAAGCCAGGCAACCACAGGUGGGGGAGCUUCAGCCGUCUUCUGUCCGCCCGGCGAGAGAGCGCUGCUGGCUCUCUUUUAUAUCAUCUUAUCGAUCGAGGACGAAUCAUCGUCGGCAUCGCAUUCAACCACAAGGCAACAAAAGCAGCUCUGAAUAUCUACGUCGUCGCCCGACGACAACACUCCGACUCGCCACUCCACGGCUUACAACAUGACAGGCCUCCUCUCGCUCCCACCGGAACUCCGCGACGAAAUCUACACCUACAUCGUCGACACCCCCACCGACAACAUCGCCGCGUUUGAAGGCCAACAAGAACUUGCUCAAAGCCGCCAUCUUCGAAAUGUAGCCGCGCAGCCCGCCAUUAGCCGCGUGAAUAAGGAGAUCCGCGCGGAGGUCCUGCCGCUCUUCUACAAGCGCAACGACUUCCUCGUCGAGCUCUCUCAGCCCGCCGACUUAGAGCUUGCAAAAAGGUGGCUACAGGCUAUUGGUGAUGCGGACGUGAGGAGUUUGAGGUGGCUGACGCUGUGUGGGUGGGGUUUCGUGAAUCUGGGGUCAUGUAGACGUGCGAGGAGGAUCAGGUGUAAUUUCUGGGUGAAGGUGCGCUUUGAUUUGAUGCAAGGUCAGCUGGAGUUUGACGACGAAUCGGAAGUGUCGGAUGGAGAAGAGGGGGGAGGAGGGAGGAGGUUGCGUAAGGAUAUAAGGCAGCUAAGGGAGUUUUACCAGAGGAUGGUAGAGGAGAGGAGGAGGGAGGGUAGAGGGUUUACCAGGGAGGGUUUGAGUGGGUUGAUGGAUAUCUUUCAAGCAUUUCUGUAGGCAGCGGUAGGUCGGAGAACUCGCUAGCUAGAUUGCAGCAUGAUACUGAUGUCCUUGUCUCUUGAUGCAAAGCACCAGGGUGUCGCCAACGGACAAGAGAGUUUUGGCA